AUGUUGUCUGUUUUUACAGAUGCCUUUGUAAAUAGCCAGGAAUGGACACUAAGCCGAUCUGUACCGGAACUGAAAGUGGGGAUCGUGGGUAACCUAGCGAGUGGCAAGUCUGCCCUGGUGCACCGGUAUCUGACUGGCACCUAUGUCCAAGAGGAAUCACCCGAAGAUAUGGAUGCAGGUGGGCGAUUCAAGAAGGAGAUAGUGGUGGAUGGCCAGAGCUACCUGCUGCUGAUCAGAGACGAAGGGGGCCCUCCCGAGGCACAGUUUGCCAUGUGGGUGGAUGCUGUUAUAUUUGUCUUCAGCUUGGAAGAUGAAAUUAGCUUCCAGACUGUUUACCACUACUACAGCCGGAUGGCGAACUAUCGAAACACUAGUGAAAUCCCAAUGGUACUGGUGGGAACUCAGGAUGCUAUAAGUUCCAGUAAUCCACGUGUCAUAGAUGAUGCCAGAGCGAGGAAGUUAUCGAAUGAUCUCAAGAGAUGCACUUACUACGAAACCUGCGCUACUUAUGGACUCAACGUGGAGAGAGUCUUCCAAGACGUUGCUCAGAAGAUCGUUGCAACAAGGAAGAAACAACAGCUUUCAAUUGGACCCUGCAAAUCUCUGCCAAACUCUCCCAGCCACUCGUCCGUGUGCUCUGCCCAGGUUUCUGCCGUACAUAUCAGCCAGACCAGUAAUGGAGGAGGGAGUUUAAGUGAUUAUUCCUCCUCUGUCCCAUCAACUCCAAGCACCAGCCAGAAGGAGCUGCGGAUUGAUGUUCCUCCCACUGCCAACACACCAACUCCUGUCCGUAAACAGUCCAAGCGCCGGUCCAACCUCUUCACGUCUCGGAAAGGGAGUGACCCAGACAAAGAGAAGAAGGUCCUGGAGAGCAGAACAGAUAGCAUUGGAAGCGGCCGCGCAAUCCCAAUUAAGCAGGGUAUGCUGCUAAAGCGAAGUGGCAAGUCGUUGAAUAAAGAGUGGAAGAAGAAAUACGUGACGUUGUGCGACAACGGCGUGCUGACCUACCAUCCUAGUUUACAUGACUAUAUGCAGAACGUUCACGGGAAGGAAAUCGACUUGCUGAGAACCACUGUGAAAGUCCCCGGGAAGAGGCCGCCCCGAGCCACGUCAGCCUGUGCACCCAUCUCCAGUCCCAAAACCAACGGCCUCUCCAAGGACAUGAGCAGUUUACACAUCUCGCCAAAUUCAGGGAACGUGACUACUAGCACAUCUGUGUCUCAGAUGGCAAGUGGGAUCAGUCUAGUCUCCUUCAACAGCCGCCCGGAUGGUAUGCAUCAGCGCUCUUACUCGGUCUCCAGUGCAGAUCAGUGGAGUGAGGCAACAGUCAUUGCAAACUCUGGCAUUAGCAGUGAUACUGGGUUAGGAGAUUCUGUAUGUUCAAGCCCAAGUAUAUCCAGUACGACAAGUCCCAAACUCGACCCACCUCCGUCACCCCACGCCAACAGAAAGAAGCACCGCCGGAAGAAAAGCACAAGCAAUUUCAAAGCUGAUGGUAUCUCGGGCACAGCUGAAGAACAAGAAGAAAACUUUGAGUUCAUCAUUGUCUCUCUCACCGGCCAGACCUGGCACUUUGAAGCGACCACAUAUGAAGAAAGAGAUGCGUGGGUACAAGCCAUAGAGAGCCAGAUCUUGGCCAGUUUACAGUCAUGUGAGAGCAGCAAGAACAAGUCCCGCCUGACGAGUCAGAACGAGGCCGUGGCCCUUCAGUCCAUAAGGAACAUCAGAGGCAACUCCCACUGCGUGGACUGUGAAGCACAGAACCCCGACUGGGCCAGCCUGAACCUGGGAGCCCUCAUCUGCAUUGAAUGCUCAGGAAUACACCGGAACCUUGGCACGCACCUCUCCCGCGUCCGCUCACUCGACCUGGAUGACUGGCCGAUAGAGCUCAUCAAGGUGAUGUCUGCCAUCGGGAACGAGUUGGCCAACAGUGUCUGGGAGGAGAGCAGCCAGGGCCACAUGAAACCCUCGCCAGACUCCACAAGGUAG